AUUUCACUCUCUAAUUCUACCUUCUUUAUUAUUUCUCUUACCAUAUCUUUCUGACCUUGUAACAGUUUUCUGGCUUGGGACUGAAUUCAUUUUUUUUCAAAUGACGAACAAUUUGUUUACUUACAUUUAUACUUUACUAGUAAAAAGUAAAGAGUGUAUUUUCACUUGGGUUUUCUUCAGAUUUGCUGGCUUAUCUUCUGGAUUCUUGUUGAUGGUCAUAAAGAAUACUAUUUGGGCUCUUUUUAUGUGCAUUCUUGCUUUAGGAGGAGCGACAAUAGGGAUAGUGACAGGAGCAAUUAAAGGACAAACAACAGAAACAGGGCUACUCCGAGGGGCCGGUGUUGGUGCUGUUACUGGAGCUGUUACAACUGUCCAAUUAGUCGAACUUAUACUUAACGGAGAACCAUUUUCUAAGGUUGCACUUGUAUGUAGUCUAGUAAAUGGAAAGGUAUUCAUGGAAUGGGUUAGUCCAGCUGUUCUCAAGGCUUAUCAGUGGCAAGUUAGUACUGUGGAGUCAAGUUUGAGGGAAAUAUCUGACAUCUUUGAUAUCAAUGCAACGAAAGGAUUAUCACAAGAGGUCAUAAAGAAGUUGCCAAAGUACAAUUUCUGCUCAGUGAAUACAGAUAGAGAAUCUCAAGAAGUCACUUGUGCAAUUUGCCUGCAGGAUUUCAAAGACGGGGACUUGGCAAGGGUGCUACCAAGUUGCAAACAUUCGUUCCACACACAAUGCAUAGAUGAGUGGCUAAUCAGACAUGGAAGUUGUCCAAUUUGUAGAGAAGAAAUCUGAGGAUUGAGGAACAACUACUAAAUCCUAAAAGGAGAAAAAAAUGCUGCAGUUGUUUCUGCAAGUAACUUGCUUACAAAAUGUAAAUUUUGUGCAUCAAUCAAAACUUGCAAAAUGAAUGGAACCAAUGUUCUUCCA